AGUGGCAAAUGCAAUUGAAGACUUUAGGUGUGGCUGCUACGCCGUCCCUUGUGUGUACAACAGAACAAGGCCCCAUUGGCAGCAUCGUUAUCAAUGGCCAAAACAAGCUGAAGACACGCAACGACGUGUCUUAUCCACUCUUCUGUGCGUGUGCAUUUUACAACCAAACAUACUACUUUUUCUACACUCGAGCGUGAGUGAAUCAACGACCACUUGGAGAGCUAACGAAAUCGGGACGCGCACGGAUUUAUUGAUCAAUCAGCCAUACUACAUCCUAACCUCCAUGGGCGGGACAUUAGUCAUGGGCGUAUAAUUCUUGGGCGGCGGUUUUCCGAGUAAAGGAAAUUAAUUCCGGAGCAAUGUGGACGUUGUUUCGUUGUUGAUGUGAACCAAUUAGUGACGACUGCGGAAUUCUAAAUUUAGCAAAAUGACUGUACUCAUUUUUCAAAAAUUCUUGGUUGUGACCCUCACAGCCUACUGCCUGCUGGUCGAGGUAGUAGCAUGGGACUAUGACUACUGCAAUUAUCCCCUGCUUGAAAGAGCAGUAUUAAAAGCCACCUCAUCUUUGCCUGAAAGAGGAGCAAGUAAUGCAAAACCACUUUAUGGACCAAACGCAUGGACUGCUAGUAGUUCAGAUUUUGGUCAGUAUCUUAUAAUUGACUUGGGUGAGACAAAAAAUAUCACUGCCAUAGCUACCCAAGGUAGAGCUCAUUACAAUGAGUAUGUAAUGGAGUAUGGUAUUAGCUAUGGUACUAAUGGUCUAGAUUACGCAGAUUUCAAGGAGACUGAUGGUAACAUCAAGAUGUUUAAAGGUAACAGGGAUGGAGACACAGUAAGACUGAACAAGUUUGAUGUGCCUAUCAUUGCCCAAUGGGUAAGGAUAAAUCCUACUCGCUGGCGCGAUAGGAUCUCCCUCAGAUUAGAGCUCUAUGGCUGUGAUUAUACACCCAAUGUUAUUGCAUUCAAUGGCUCUGCUAUGCUCCGAUGGGACAUGUUGCGCGAGUCACUCGAGACGGACAGACAUUCAAUGAGAUUCCGUUUCAAGACCAACAACGCCGACGGUGUAAUUAUGUAUUCCAGAGGUUCUCAAGGCGAUUUCUUUGCUCUCCAGCUGCGAGAGAACAGAAUGUUGCUCAACAUCAAUCUUGGCUCAGGUAUAAUGACGAGUUUAUCGGUUGGUAGUCUGCUUGACGACAAUAUGUGGCAUGACGUUGUGUUCUCCAGAAAUCGCAAAGAUAUCGCUUUCUCGGUCGAUAGAGUGCUUAUCAACGGUCGUGUCAAGGGUGAAUUCUAUCGACUCGAUUUGAAUCGAGCGUUCUAUGUUGGCGGUGUACCCAACAAGCAAGAAGGCUUGGUAGUUACACAGAAUUUCACCGGUUGCAUCGACAAUCUGUUCUUCAACCAAACUAAUCUAAUCGUCGAGCACAAAGAUUUGCUCUAUCAAAAUAUGUACUCAAAGUACGAAUUCCUUGGCACCACAAGUCACUGCCCAGAGCCACCGAUUCAUCCAGUUACAUUCCUCACUUCGUCGUCUUAUGCCAAGCUCAAAGGUUACGAGGGUAUGGUAUCAAUGAACAUCUCGUUGUCGUUCAGGACUUACGAAGAGAACGGCAUUAUCGUCUAUCACGAUUUCACCUCGCCAGGUUACGUAAAGAUGUUCCUCGAGGAAGGUAAGCUGAAAGUCGAGAUCAAAACUCGCACCAGUCCCAAGGCUAUCCUCGACAAUUUCGACGUAACUUUCAACGACGGUCGCUGGCAUCAAGUUGUUCUCACGAUCAGUAAGAACAGCCUCGUUCUCAACGUCGAUGGUCGCCCUAUGAAGACUACCCGUCAAAUGGAAAUCAGUACCGGAUACCUUAAUUACAUUGGAGGUAUGCCUGGUAAUCACCGUGGUUUCAUCGGAUGCAUGAGAGUCAUUCAGAUAGAUGGCAAUUAUAAACUACCCGUUGAUUGGAAGGAAGACGAGUACUGCUGCAAGAACGAGAUCGUCUUUGACGCCUGUCAGAUGGUCGAUCGCUGCAAUCCCAAUCCUUGCAAACAUUCUGGUACCUGCAUGCAGACGAGCGAUGACUUUUUCUGCGACUGUACUCACACUGGGUACGCCGGUGCAGUUUGUCACACUUCUUUGAAUCCACUUAGCUGCGAAGACUACCGCAAGUCGCCCAACUCUGUCAAUCAAAAAGCUGAGGUGAAGAUCGACGUAGACGGCAGUGGACCAUUACGACCAUUCCCAGUAACUUGCGAGUUCUUCGCCGAUGGCCGGGUACAGACGAUCCUUCGUCACAGCAACGAGCACUCGACUCCAGUAGACGGUUUCGAGGAACCUGGUAGUUUCAUUCAAGACAUUCGCUACGACGCCGAUUUCGAUCAAAUCGAAGCGUUCAUCAAUCGUUCGCACGUAUGUCGUCAACGUAUUAGCUACUCGUGCAAACAUUCCAAGUUAUUCAACACUCCCGUCGGGCAAGCGGAGGCUUUCCGUCCAAAUUCUUGGUGGGUAAGUCGUCAUAAUCAAAAGAUGGACUACUGGGGUGGUGCUCUGCCAGGCUCGCGAAAGUGCGAGUGUGGUAUUAUCGGCAGCUGCAUAAUGCAGGACAAAUGGUGCAACUGUGAUGCCGACAUGGAAGGUUGGUUCGAGGACUCCGGCGACAUCACCGAGAAGGAACAUUUACCCGUUAAACAGCUACGAUUUGGUGAUACUGGUACUGCUCUCGAUGACAAGGAAGGAAUGUACACUCUUGGAUCGUUGAUCUGCGAAGGCGACGACUUUUCUACGAACGUGGUGACGUUUAGGGUUGCCGAUGCCACGGUUGAAUUGCCGACUUUCGAUAUGGGUCACAGUGGUGAUAUUUACUUUGAAUUUAAAACUACUCAGGACGAUGCAGUGAUGGUCCAUAGCAAAGGACCCAACGACUACAUCAAGAUCUCUAUCAAUGGCGGUAAUCAGAUUCACUUCCAAUAUCAAGCUGGAGGUAGCCCUCUCGCCGUCAGUGUGCAGACGUCCAGUAGGCUUGCGGAUAACAAUUGGCAUAGUGUGUCCGUAGAGAGGAAUCGUAAGGAAGCGAGGAUCGUCAUCGAUGGUGCCUUCAAGAACGAAGUGGCCGAACCACCAGGUCCCGUGCGUGGACUUUUUCUCACGAGCGACUUGGUUGUUGGUGCGACGACUGAUUAUCGAGACGGUUACGUCGGCUGUAUUCGUUCGCUGCUACUCAACGGUAAAUUACAAGAUUUGAGGGGCUAUGCCAGACAUGGUUUGUAUGGAGUCAGUGAGGACUGCGUUGGUAGAUGUGAAAGCAAUCCGUGUCUGAACAACGGCACAUGCCACGAGAAAUACGACGGCUACAGGUGCGACUGCAGGUGGACGGCAUUCAAGGGGCCAAUUUGCGCCGACGAGAUCGGCGUGAAUUUGCGACAAAACUCGAUGAUUAGGUAUGACUUUGUGGGCACUUGGCGUUCGACCAUCGCUGAGAAGAUUCGUGUUGGUUUCACCACUACCAGUCCGAAAGGUUUCCUUCUUGGUUUCUCGUCCAACAUCACUGGAGAGUAUAUGACCAUCUUGGUAUCCAACAGCGGUCACUUGCGCGUUGUCUUCGACUUUGGCUUUGAGCGACAGGAAAUCAUCUAUCCGGACAAACGUUUCGAUUUGGGGCAGUAUCACGAUGUCAGGAUCAGUAGAAAGAACUCUGGUGGAAUUCUGGUUAUUCAAGUUGAUAACAACGAGGCGAAAGAAUUCCAAUUCAGCAUCAAGGCUUCGGCUGACGCACAGUUUAAUAACGUUCAAUACAUGUAUAUCGGCAAGAACGAAUCGAUGCAUGAAGGUUUCACUGGUUGCGUCUCUCGUGUCGAGUUUGAUGAUAUCUAUCCACUGAAACUGCUGUUCCAAGAGAACGGUCCAGGUAACGUGCAUUCUCUCGGUGGCCAUCUGUCCGAAGACUUUUGUGGAGUAGAACCAAUUACGCAUCCGCCUAAUAUCAUGGAAACACGUCCACCGCCAGAAAUCGACGAGGACAAAGUACGAGCGGCUUACAACGAAGUUGACUCGGCUAUUCUUGGCAGUGUUCUCAUGAUUCUUCUUAUCGCUCUCAUCAUCAUGGGUGUACUGAUCUACAGGUACAUGUCGCGGCACAAGGGCGAGUAUCUUACGCAGGAGGAUAAAGGCGCUGAAAUUGCUCUCGACCCUGAUUCAGCGGUCGUCAAUUCCGCUACUGGACACCAAGUGCAAAAGCGAAAGGAGUGGUUCAUCUAAGCUGCUCGCAUUUUUUAUUUUUUAUAGAUUAACUAUUAAAGGAUAGUAAGCGAAGUAUUAACAUUAGAUCUGAUAAGAAUCUCAUUGUAAAAAAAGCGAUGUUUUUGUAUACCUACGUACUAACUCCCCAGCCCCUUCGAUAAGCAACUACUAUACGCAUGAAUAGUUGUUGGUGUCGCAAACGAUCAACGAGCAAUUUAAUUUUUCGUUGUUCGUUCAUUGACCUCGACCACGACAAUGCGCAGCGAUUGUCAGUUUUUGUAAUUGAGAGUGAGUAUUUUACUACGAUAAAUCGUGUAAAUUAUAGACUAUAUAUUAUUACGACUAUAUAUUAUUACGACUAUAUAUUAUUACGACUAUAUAUUAUUACGACUAUAUAUUAUGUGAAAAAAUUGUUUCGUCCAUUUUUUUUUAAUAAUUAUGCAUCACACGUACCUGGCAGGCUGUUCUAUUGCAAUCUCUUCCCCUGCUUAUGUUUAGUUUGUCUCUCAUGA